AUGUCGACGUUUACUCCUGUCAAUACGUUUGAAGGCUCUGAGAAAGACUGGCCCAUGAAACUUGGAAUGCUCGACUGGGAUGACACCCGUAUCGUGUUUACGAAGCGGGAGCUCAUCAACUUUCUCAAGUACACGGGAACGAGUGUCGACCCAAAUUUUAACAAUAUCUCCAAACUUCCUCGUUAUGCGGCGUUUGGAAAGCUAGACGGCUCCGCGGAUGCCACCAAUGACGGACGCGGUGGCGCGAGCGCGGCCUCUGGGACUGGGGCAGGAAGCGAUUUUGUCCCAACUCGACGCGUUCGAGAGGCACCUGGAGGAAAGUCCAACAUUUCCUUUGUUGACGAGUCGGAGGACGCGCUCGCGGCGGCUCCUCCGCCAAAGGUGUCGAUAAAGGCUACUCGAACUGAAGAUCCAGUCGGCUUGCCGGACAAUAACGCGGUGCCAUCGAGGAGAGUCAGGGACCCUCCAGGUGGUAAAGAUUCGCUCAAAAACUUUUGGGAUGCUGCUCCCGAAGACGAGUUUGUGCCUACACGCCGUGUCAGAGAGAGGCCAGGAGGUCAGGAUAGUAUCAACGACAUCUUCUAA